GCUUCCAGUUCCUGUACGUGGAGAUAUUGUAGGAUUGGUCGGACCUCGCAGUAUUGGAAAAACUACUGCUCUCAAAAUCUUGGCCGGGGAACUCACACCCAAUCUCGGCCGCUUCAAUGAUCCUCCUCUUGAUUGGCUAACAAUUCGGACUCACUUGCAUGAUAAACAUCUUAGAAGAUUCUUGGCCCAGGUUGUAAACCAUAAACUCAAGGUCGUGUUUAAGCCCCAACAAGUCCCACAAGACUAUAUGGGGCUUGCUGUCUGGGAGAUUCUUCGUAAAGUCGACGACAGAAAAGAUUUAAGGGCUCUUAUACUUUGUUUUCUCGACUUGAAGACCCCGUCUGUGAAGUUCCACCGUUUAGAUAUAAGAGCGCAGCACAGGGUUACUCUCGCUGCAGCUCUCUUGCAGGACGCUGAUGUGUACAUAUUUGACGACAUAUCUAGUUUCCUUGAUAUGCGUCAGAGGUUCAUGGUUGCCCAACUCAUACGCUCUCUCAAAACCGCUAAAAGCUACGUGAUUGUUGUGGACAAUGACCUUAGUGUCAUCGACUAUGUUUCGGAUUACAUGUACAUUAUGUAUGGGGAACCUGAAGCAUAUGGUGUCUUUAGUGAGCAGUACUUUGAUGUCGAAACAGGAAUUGAAUAUUACUUGCGUGGGUUUGAUCCCAUAGAAGACAACCUUAUCAGGGUGACCCCCUCAUCUUCGAGAGGGUAA